GAAUGCGUGUGGGGACUUUUGUGCAGUUAAAACAGAAGUUGCACAGCGCGGAUUAAUGUAACCCACCAUGCUUAGCCACUGUAAUUAACUUUCCGUAUUCCACACGGCUGUGUAAGAAGCGUUUACUUGCCUAAAUCAGGUGCGCUGUUAAUUCUGGCGGAGAGCAGCCGCUGAUCCCUGCCAGGCACGCCCGUCUCCCGGCAAGCUACCGGGGAAAGGACCGGCCUUAUCAAUUAAUAAUUCACUCCAGGCUGGUCUCGGUCUCCGGUGGCCCCAUAAGAUUAUAGCUACAAGCCAGGAGUCAAGGAAGGAGCCGCGUUCGCAGCUGCCGCUGAGUGGAAGCCCGGAGGCCCUGGGCCUUGUCGAGAGACUUAAGAGUGAGGACAGCCCAGACCAUCUUCUAUCAUGGAGGGUCAGAACAGCAACCUCCAGUGCAACCUGGAGGAGCCCAGCAAACUGUACAAGGCCGGACAGAACUUCCAGGACCAGUGGAAGCUGCCGUCCUACCACAGCUGCUGCACCCUGGCCAACUUCCGCAUCGAGAAGAAGAUCGGCAGGGGCCAGUUCAGCGAGGUGUACCGCGCGGCGUACCUGCUGGAGGGCAAGCACGUGGCCCUGAAGAAGGUCCAGAUAUUUGAGAUGAUGGACGCUAAGGCGCGACAGGACUGCAUCAAGGAGAUAGACCUUCUGAAGCAGCUCAACCACCCCAACGUGAUAAAGUACCUGGACUCCUUCAUCGAGGACAACGAGCUCAACAUCGUUCUGGAGCUGGCGGACGCCGGCGACCUGUCUCAGAUGAUCAAGUAUUUUAAAAAGAAGAGACGACUCAUCCCUGAAAGGACAAUAUGGAAAUAUUUUGUACAGCUAUGCAGCGCCGUAGAGCACAUGCAUUCCCGCAGGGUAAUGCACAGAGACAUCAAGCCAGCCAACGUGUUCAUCACCGCCACGGGAGAGGUGAAGCUGGGGGACCUGGGGCUGGGACGCUUCUUCAGCUCCAAAACCACCGCCGCACAUUCCUUAGUGGGAACGCCCUACUACAUGUCUCCUGAGAGGAUCCACGAAAACGGAUACAACUUCAAGUCAGACAUCUGGUCACUGGGCUGUCUGCUGUACGAGAUGGCUGCCCUGCAGAGCCCGUUCUACGGGGACAAGAUGAACCUCCUGUCCCUGUGCCAGAAGAUUGAGCAGUGCGACUACCCCCCGCUCCCGCCCGACCACUACUCUGAGAAGCUGAGAGACCUGGUCAGCAUGUGCAUCAACCCUGAUCCAGGUGAGCGCCCGGACAUCGUCUACGUGCUCCAGAUCGCCAAGCAGAUGCACCUGUGGGCCUCCAGCACCUGAGGUCCCCCGCCCCCCUCCUCCCAAACCACCACCACCCACCCACCAGCUCACCUGUGGAGAGGCAGGAGAUGGGAGACUGUGGUCAAUUGCGAGUCAACCUCAUGGUCUAACUUGAAUUGAGUUUGUUCAUUUUGAGAGAGGGAGGGAGAGAUGCCAUGUUGUGUGUGGAGAAGCUUUGACGCGAGCGGACUGCGUUUUCCCUUUUCUUUUCCUCGGAAAGCCACUUGUCUUUAUCGAGGCCCUCUGUAGUCGUCUGCGUCAUGCGCUUCGUUCAAAUUUCUCGAGCGCAGCGCAGCGAUUGGUGGAAAAGAAUACGAGGGCACGGUGCCGUUCCCCCGUUGGCACGGCAAAAAGGGGUGGAGCUUAUGCUUGUGCAGUGGACACAAUUGGUCCCGCCUAAAGGGUGAGGUGAGAUAUUAGACAGGCUCAUGCCCGCUUUCAGAGCAGUGCGCGCUGACCAGGGGCGGGGUCCUGGCCGGCAUGCGCAUACUAACGACGCCAUUUUGAAAUAUUGCCUUUUAAGUUUUCAUUCUUUUGCUUUUUUUAACGCUUUACUUUCUCCAGUGCAACAUAGCCAUGUGUCAGAAGGACUGCACUUAUAUGUACAAGGAUGUGGUUGAAACGCCUGGUGGCUCCAAAUGAUUUCUUGCUUGCUAUGGAUUGGCGUUCCCCCUCUGUAGGCCGGAAAGCUGGGGGAGUUUGAGCCUGGUAAUGCUUUGCCGAGUGCUGCAAUUUCAUAUUGCAUUGUUGUAGAUGGAUUUUAAAAAUAAUAUCUUUAAAGCUUUUAUGCAGGCCUUGUUAUGAGAAGUAUUUUUCUACUGUGAAAUUAAGCAUAAUAAACAUGGAUUAUUCUAACAAGACACAUUAAGACGUAUAGCUAAUAAAACUUAUCUAAUCUGAGUGGAUUCUCAGAUGUCAUGAUGCUUAUGUAUGAGUAUAGAAAGCCCUUCCUUUGUCCAUAUGGGCCAAGAUGGUGAGGUGUAAUUGGUCCUCCUCUGUACCGCAGACCCUAUCCCUUCCUGUGUCCAAUGAAAACAGCGAUGCUUCUUGCACAAAUAUUACAAAGAUCCUGACCAAUCAGUGGUUAUCCUACAAGGAUUGAGUGGGGAGACUAAGUGGACAUCUUUGAAGACACUGUGUGAUCAGCUAGCAAACUCAACACUAGCUAGCUGCAGCCAGGUACCCAUUAAGGAAAGUUUCAAGGAGGACUGAUCAAAAACGAAUAUUUAGCCAACCCUGAAACUCAUCAAGUCCUUAUAAUCCAUUAAAGAAUGGUCAAAUAUGAAUACAAGAUUACUACAUGUUGUAGAGACACCCCAGGGAGUGGCAUAAAUAGUGCCUAGCACUGUGUAAUAAAAUGAGGCUUGAUAUUGAUUGCUACAUUAGUUUAACUGAAGAAGCAGAACAGGAGAAUUUUUUACGUCCCAUCUCCAGCAUAGAGAGCAUCUUCACUGGUCUCUGCCCUCUCUAGUAAGCUUGGCUAGCUAGGCCAGUUCCCAAACCACAAAACCAAUAGAGCACAUAAGACUAAAUCUUUUAAAAAGUCCAAGGUCAUAUACUUCUGUCACUCCAAUAAGUGUUCGCACUUCCCGGAGCGAAGACAAAACUUUCCGUCGCCCUCCUCGCUGUUCCCCCAACAGGCGAAAAGUCUGUGCAGCGCGGCUGAACUUUUAUCUGUCGGCUAAUUGAUUGCAGGCUGCAGUUAGCAAGUUCCAAUGAGUUAAUUGAUUGCAGCUGUGCCUUGUUGUCCUGGGAGCCCAUCCACAGCUCUACUCCUGGGGCUCAUUCCAAUCGCUUAUUUUAUCCGUCAUGUCACCUCGGUCCUCGCCUGACCCGGGGAAAAAAUCGAGGCCCACCAUCUUUAAGGAUGUUCCAACCCAUUAAAUGCUCCUUGAAGGAGCUAGGAGCAAGGAGCUAGGAGGCUCCCGAAGGAUGCUUGAGCAAGGAAGCACGAGUGCAUCCUUUGCGCGAGUAUUCUUUUCGGAACGCGUCGACCUGUGGAUCCACCUGUCCCCAUCUGCCGUGUCUGUAAUUUACGUGGCUUCAAAACGACGCUUGACUGAACGAGGACGUUCCGUUUGCCUGAUGCAUGUUUCCACGAUUCCUCAAUCCUCACAUCCUUUCCUUGCGUCCUCUGAUGGGUGGAGCAAGGGAAGGAUGCAAGGAGGUAAAAAUAAGCGAUUGGAAUGAGCCCUUGGUCUAACCACGACACAUAUGAAAUGCAAGGAGCUGGUUUUAAUGCCUCGAUUGGAUUUGUACCUGUUUUACUUUGUUUUUGCAUGUCACAUCAGGGUCUUCAAAGGUGUACACAUAAACUGCCCUCACUGUGUCUCCCUAAGGAUCCAUUUACACAUCAUCUCAAGAUUCAUGGCAUUGAUUCUCUUGUGGGGCUGGUUUGAAGGCGAUCAUGUGAUCGUGUGUUCACCGUCGCCGCCGAGACGACCGCCGUAUAAUGAUGAAAAGCUUAAUGAGGGAAGCUCUCAGCCGCGCGGGUACACCGGUCAUUAAUAUCAAACACACCUCCACAGCUACACUGAAAAAUGUAAGAUGGCAAAUGUUCAUUAAAAAUCAACUACAAUUUC